CGGAGGGCUGAGCCGCCGCUCGCGCAGCAGGAGCAGGAGCAGGAGCAGGAGCAGGCGGGCGAGCGGCGCUCGGCUGCGCCUCGGACCGACGCCGGCUCCGCUGCGGCAGCCGCAUCCCGCCCCCGCGCCGCGGUGGGGAGCCGGGGGGAGCAGGCGUCCCUGGGGCUGGAGACCCUGCUGGGGCAGGGGGGCAGCUCGGCUGUGCAGCAUCGCGGAGGUGCGGGAGCGGCGAGACCCACGGCAGCAUCACGGCAGCGUGGGAACGGCGAGACCCACGGCAGCAUCAUAGCGGCACAGGGACGGUGAGACCCACGGGAGCAUCGCGGCAGCGUGGGAAGGGUGAGACCCACCGGAGCAUCGCGGCGGUGCGGGAACGGUGAGACCCACGGCAGCAUCAUGGCAGCGUGGGAACGGUGAGACCCACGGGAGCAUCGCGGCGGCACGGGAACGGCGAGACCUGUGGGAGCAUCGUGGAGGUCCGGGAACGGUGAGACCUACCGGAGCAUCACGGUGGCGCGGGAACGGUGAGACCCACGGGAGCACUGAGGAGGUCCGGGAACGGCGAGACCCACGGCAGCAUCAUAGCGGCACAGAAAUGGUGAGACCCACGGGAGCAUCGUAGCGGUGCGGGAACGGCGAGACCCGCCGGAGCAUCACGGCAGCGCGGGAACCAUGAAACCCGCUGGAGCAUCAUAGCAGCACGGGAACGGUGAGACCCACGGGAGCAUCGCAGAGGUCUGGGAACGGUGAGACCCACGGCAGCAUCAUAGCGGCACAGGGACGGUGAGACCCACGGCAGCAUCACCACGGCACGGGAACGGCAAGACCCACCGGAGCAUCACGGCAGCGCGGGAACCACAAAACCCGCUGGAGCAUCAUAGCGGCACGGGAACGGCGAGACCCGCGGGAGCAUCAUAGCGGCACGGGGACGGUGAGACCCGCGGGAGCAUCGCGGAGGUCCGGGACCGCUGAGCCCCGCCGGAGCAUCGCAGCGGCGGAGGAGGCGCGAUGCUGCCGUGGCGCCGCAGCAAGUUCGUGCUGGCGGAGGACGAGCGCAAGGGCAAGGGCAAGAGCCUGGCGCCGGGGCCCGGCUACGCCUCGCUGCUGGCGGGGCUGCUGCGCUGGCGGCCCGAGCUGCCGCCCGAGUGGCCGCCGCAGCGCCUGGCCGCCGUCUUCCGCAGCAGGCGCCGGUCGGUGGAGCUGAACCGCGAGGAGCCCGCCUACACCGUGCGCUACCUGGGCAACGCGGCCACGCUGCAGGCCAAGGGCGAGGGCUGCACCGAGGAGGCCGUGGGCAAGAUCUGGGCCCGCAGCGAGGACGGCGGCGGCGGCGGCGGCGGCGGCGGCGGCGCCAAGAUGAAGCUGACGCUGGGGCCCCGCGGGCUGCGGCUGGCGCCCUGCGACGGGGCCGCCCGGCGCCCGGCCCACGCCUACCUCCUCCAUCGCAUCACCCACUGCGGCGCCGGCGGGCGUCACCCCAAGCUCUUCGCCUGGGUCUACCGGCACCAGGCCAAGCACAAGGCCGUGGUGCUGCGGUGCCACGCGGCGCUGGCGCCCACGGCGGCGGCGGCCCGGGCCGUGGCCCGGCGCCUGGGCCAGGCCUCCGCCGCGGCCCUGGAGGAGUUCAAGCGGCUGCAGCGGCGCAGCGACGGGCGCCGCGGGAGGCAGCAGCUGCUGGGCUCCGCCGCCGUGCCCGCCGCCCCGCUCCGCCGCCUGCUCAACGCCCCCCAGCCCUGCCGCGGCCGCGCCGCCCCCCGCCUCGGCUCCAUCCGCGAGGAGGAGGAGGAGGAGGGCGGCGCGGCCUUCGGCGGCGGCGCGGCGGCCUUCGGCGAUGCCCCCGGCCCUGGGGGCUGCGGCUGCUGCCGCCGGCAGCGGGCCGAGGUGCUGCGCCUGGCCGGGGAGCUGCGGGGCUGCAGCUUGCGGGCGACGCCGGCCCCGGGGUGCUGAGCGCCGCCCUGGCAUUGGGGGGGGGGGGUUCGGCAUGGGGCUGGGGGCCCUUGGUGCGUGUUGUGUCCCCCCCCCCCGGCUGCAAUAAAGCUGUGUUUCCUGC